ACAACAGUAACAACUCCAGGCACCAUGCCAAUCACCUCAACUAGUAGUGUUCCUACAGGAAGCUCCACUGAAGAGACAAAGACAUCAGAAAGACCCACUACUGUCUCCACGUCUUCCGUGACCACCACCACAAGCACCACAGUAGUCACUACGACCACCAGCCCUCCAACAACAGGCACAACCACAGUCAUGUCUGAAAGUACAAGGUCUGUUCUCCCUCCGACAACAGGUACAACCACCACUGCAUCUACAACUGUUGGGACCACCACACCUACCAGCAGUGCCAGCACCACCAGGACCUCACCCCGUGUGACAAAAAGUACAACCGCCACUACAUCUACAAGUGCUGGGACCACCACACCUACCAGCAGUGCCAGCACCACCAGGACCUCACCCCUUCCCACAACAGGUACGACUACCAUCACAUCCACAAGAGCAGGAAUCACCACAGCUAUUAGCAUUGCCAGCACCACCAAGACCACCAGCCCCCCGACAACAGGCACAACCACAAUCACGUCUGAAAGUACAACAAAAACUAUUCCCCCUCCAACAAAAGAUACUUACACUACCGCAUCCACAAGCGUACAGAGCACUGUACCUAGCAGCAGCGUCAGCACCACUUUGACCACUCCUGUUAUAGAAAGCACAGCCAGCACCAUCUUCACAUCUACACAGAGCACUGCAGCUACCAGCAGCUCUGCCACUACCAAGACUUCUCCUACUCUGUCCAGAAAUCCAACCACUAUUGCAACCAUACCUACCAACAGUCCUAGCACUUCCAAAACAACAUCCUCUGGCAGGGAAUCCACUGUCCCUACUUCUACCAGCUCACUGCCCAGCUCUUCAACUACACUCUCUCCUACAGCAAUCUCCACUGGAGUAACACAGACCAUUGCACAGUCUUCCACUUCAAGGAGUUCUGCUGGUACUUCACAGACAAGCCACAGCACAAGCACUUCUACAGUCUUCAUUUCUUCCCCCACCACACCUUCCACAACAGAAUCAAGUGAAACGACUCCGUGUUUCUGUCAUGUGCUUGGUGAUUUGUUUUCUCCUGGUGAAGUUGUAUACAACAGAACCGAUAAGGCUGGAUGUAAUUUUUAUGCACUUUGCAGCAGCGAAUGUGAAAUUGCCCCAUUUCAGGGGCCAUGCCCUACAACAACUCCUUUAACUACGGUGUCCACAGAGACUACAACACAAGCCUCUUCAUCCACAGAAUAUACAUUUUCUUCUGCUUCACCAACAGCAAUAUCCCUCACAACUCCACUAGAAAGAAACUGUACUGAUGUCAGUCCUCCACGAAAGCCUGGAGAGAAAUGGACAAGUGAGUGCCAGGAGUGUGAAUGUGAUUCACUCACUGCUACAGCGCAUUGUCAGCCUCGCCUAUGCACAAGACCUCGGGAAGUAGUUUGUGGCAUAGGAUUUGUUGCCUUACCUUUAGUACCAGUAAAAGACCUGUGCUGUCCUGAACUUGAAUGCCAGCCAAGAACUGACAUCUGUGAGAUUGAUGAUAAAAUAUAUGAGAUUGGAACAUCCGUAAUUCAUUCAUGUAAGAAUUGUACCUGCAGUUCUGAGAAAAAUAUACUCACUGGGAAGCGUAUUAUGAAGUGUGAACCACUUAAGUGUGAAACAUCUUGCCUGCCGGGUUACGAAUAUAGGAUUGAGGAUGGAGAGUGCUGUGGGAAGUGUUAUGAAAAAGCUUGCAGAAUUCAGCUGAAUAACGAGACUGUUGUGCUUGAAGUUGGUAAGACUCUGCCGAUUGAUCCCUGCAGCCACUACAAGUGUGAAUUAAUUGAAGAUCAAUAUGUUAAAGUUCAAAGUAAAAAAGUAUGUCCAGAGUACGGCCCAGCGGAGUGCGAUCCCGAUGAAGCAGAGACUACUGCUGAUGGCUGCUGCAAGAUAUGUAAACCUCCUAACUGCAAAACUUACAGCAAAAAAACUGUAAUCCAACAUGAAGACUGCGAAUCUUCUGAAGCUGUUGAGUUGACUUAUUGUGAAGGGACUUGUCCUGGCUCCUCCAUGUAUUCUCUUAAGGCAAACCAGAUGCAACAUGACUGUACUUGCUGCCAAGAGCUCAGCAGCCACAGAAGAGAGGUGACCCUGAAUUGCCAAAACGGAACGAGCAUCAAUUAUAGCUAUGUCUACGUGGAUCAGUGCCAGUGUAUAAAUGCAUGCAACCCACAAACCAUUGAAGCAGAUGAUUACCAAUCAAAAAUCAGCCAAACAUUGGUGUGAUCAUUGCAAGAGCAACAAAAACAGACCCUAGGAAAGCUGGAACCAUACCUUCCUCAAAAUAAACUCUGCUCCUUCUUUAACUGAUAUUUGUUUAUUAUUACUUUCUCUUUUUUUCCCACUUGUAAAGGCCAAAACACCCUUCAGUAUAAUUUCCUAUUUAAGUGAUAUAGUUUUCAAGGCAAAAGAGAGACAAACAUGUAAAAUAUCUUUCUGUAUAUUAUGCAAAUAUAUCAGUAUGUAUCAGUACGAUCACUAAACUGACACUGUGGGAAAAGUUUUAAUGGCUCCAAAAGCAAAACCAGAAAACAUCGUGGGUAACAUUGCACUCAGCUCUUAUGACUAGAGAAAGUUUUAUUGCAUAGCAUUUUUAUGGAUACGAUGCUUUUAAAAGACAUCACUCGGUGGCAGGGAAGAGUUCCCUGUUCAUCUUGUCUCUUAUGUCAAUCAAUAAAACUUUCAGCAUUUUUCAGUUUCAGUGA